GGCUACUCUACAAGACAAUAAACUUUUGAGCUUCAGAAGCAUUGUAAACAGUUGUAGGAAGGCAUCACACAUCCCAGUGUCACUGUGACAGAGUCCAUGAACAUUCCUGGUCUCCAGAGAUCUGGACUGCUGAGUCCGGACGCAGACGGAAAAAGUCAAAACGCUACACAAAGUGGUCUCCCCUUCUCUUCGCCUACACAGCCUCAGCAGAUCCCAAACAUGCCGGGCUCAACUCCAUCUCUGCUGUCGGGCAUGUCGUUGGUGUCACAGCUCGCAUCUCCUCCGGCAGCAGGAAGCCAUGCUGCAGCUCUUCAGCAGCUCCAUCUACAGAGCACUGCAGGUGUCCAGCCAGGCCAGAGUUUGUUGGGCAACUUCCCCAAGGCAAGCCCUGCCAGGAGUUUAGCAGGCAGGUUUGGUGUGAGGAGCUCAGCUACUCGGGCGACCCACCCCCAGGAUUACUACUACAGGAAGUGGAGACGCCUCAAGAAGCUCAUCAAGGACACUGUGUUUAUCAAUGGGUCAGUGUGUGAUGAGGUGAUCCGCAUCGAGGAGAAACUGGCCCGGUCCAAGGAGGAGAGAAGGUUCCUCCUGAGGAAACUGCUGCAAUACCAGUCUGUCACUGAGGCACCCAUGCCGCCGGUCAAACAGGAAGUGACAACACCAUCAGUAAAGACAACCAAAAGUCCGGUCGUGUUGGCAUCACCAGCAUCCGAAACAAUGAUGCAGGAGACAGCCACACCCAUCCCCAGCAAGUCCAAGUCAGCAAAGAAGAAGGCCCCGCCCACUUCCACAGACAAGAAAAAGAGUUCUGCCAGCAAGGAGCUUAUUGAUUCUAUCCAGCCGAAGCCGAAGAAGAGUAAAUCAGCUGGCGCCAAUCGCCGUAUCGCCAUUCCCCUCAUCCCACUUGACCCCACUGGCCGGCCGGUCUUCCCUCUCGUCCUGGGCGACCUCACUGUCCACAGUCUAGGGGAGCUGAACGCGGACCGGUCCUGCUUCCACUCAGUUGAAUCCAUCUUCCCCGUGGGCUUCUGCAGCACCCGCGUCUACGCCAACAUGACCAACACCGACCUCCGCUGUCUCUACACCUGCAAGAUAUCGGACUCUGGCUCCAGUCCCGUGUUUGAGAUUGCGCCUGAUGACAGCCCGGACAAGGUGUGGAAGGCCAAGUCCCCGGCGGAGUGUCACACCAUGCUGCAGCGAGCCAUCACCAAGGCCAAGAGUGUGGACUUGACGCCGACCCCCACCAGCGGGGUGGAUUUCUUCGGGUUGACCCACCCCAUUGUCCAGAACCUCAUACAGUCCCUCCCCGGGGCCCGGAAGUGUGCCGGCUACAAGUGGCACAAGUUCGAGGUGAACAAAGGGGAGGUGAUCGACAACAUCGUGCACUGCAAGACGGAUCCCAUGGUCAACUACGAUGCACUCCGGAAACUGGUGGGAGCUGCUGGAACAAAGGCACAGGCCAUCUCAGCCUCUGCUCAUCUCGAACCUUCAACCAGCCUGAGAUCCCUGUUGACCAGUGGGCCCUUCACUACAGCCAUGUAUGCUCAGAAGUGACCUCAGACCAGCCUCUUAACCAGCCUGAGAUCCCUGUUGACCAGUGGGCCCUUCACUACAGCCAUGUAUGCUCAGAAGUGACCUCAGACCAGCCUCUUAACCAGCCUGAGAUCCCUGUUGACCAGUGGGCCCUUCACUACAGCCAUGUAUGCUCAGAAGUGACCUCUGACCAGCCUCUUCAACCAGCCUGAGAUCCCUGUUGACCAGUGGGCCCUUCACUACAGCCAUGUAUGCUCAGAAGUGACCUCAGAGCAGCCUCUUCAACCAGCCUGAGAUCCCUGUUGACCAGUGGGCCCUUCACUACAGCCAUGUAUGCUCAGAAGUGACCUCAGACCAGCCUCUUCAACCAGCCUGAGAUCCCUGUUGACCAGUGGGCCCUUCACUACAGCCAUGUAUGCUCAGAAGUGACCUCAGACCAGCCUCUUCAACCAGCCUGAGAUCCCUGUUGACCAUUGGCCCUUCACUACAGCCAUGUAUGCUCAGAAGUGACCUCAGACCAGCCUCUUCAACCAGCCUGAGAUCCCUGUUGACCAGUGGGCCCUUCACUACAGCCAUGUAUGUUCAGAAGUGACCUCAGACCAGCCUCUUCAACCAGCCUGAGAUCCCUGUUGACCAGUGGGCCCUUCACUACAGCCAUGUAUGCUCAGAAGUGACCUCAGACCAGCCUCUUCAACCAGCCUGAGAUCCCUGUUGACCAGUGGGCCCUUCACUACAGCCAUGUAUGCUCAGAAGUGACCUCAGACCAGCCUCUUCAACCAGCCUUCUCUACGGCCAUGUGUGCUCAGAAGUGACCUUGUAUCAAGGGGAGAUAACAUAUGGACAGCCUGAUGUGGAAGGCUCACAUCUCACCAACAGAUUUCUGUGAUAGAGAUAUUGAUACAAUGCGAAGUUGUUGGCAUCAGAAGGGAGUUUGAGACAUCACAGUCACUGUCAUCACUUAUGCCAUAACAAAAAGCGCAAUAACAGGAUCAGGUGGCUGAUGCAUGUCAUCGUAUUCCAAAAUUGUGUGGAUCGAUGCUCAUGAUGUCAAUCACUGGAUUGUCUGGUCUAGACUCGAUUAUUUACAGACCGCAAACAAACAAUAAAAACAAAACAAAACAGAAAUCAUCACUACAUCACAAUCAUCAUAAUAACAACACAGGAUCUGUCCACAUCUGUCAAUGAAAUAACAGUUUGUAAAGAAAGUUCAUUGAAUAUUUUGGCUCUCACAUUUGUCAUGUUAUUGUCUCUUAUCAUACCUAUGAUAGAUGUCCUAUUCAUUUACUUGUUCAGGUUGUUGUACAUUAAGGAAAUGUUUGACGUGAGAAAGUCAUAUUUGUGUUGAUUGUCUCUGUUGUGCUGGAACAAAAGUGAGAAAACAAUAAAAUUUGGUUACAUUGCAAUACA